UCGAAGCCGGGCCCCCGCCUCCGGGUGAUCCAGCGGCUGCCAGGCGGGCCGGGGACGCCUGGAGGAGAGACCCUGCAGACCGUGGGAGAAACUGAGGCACGGUGCGGAGCAACUGGCGGCAGGCGGAGGCGCCCAGCUCGGAGUGGUCCGACCUGUCAUGAAGGCUGUGUAUGUCCCUCCGGGGCACCAGAUGAAUUCCAGGAUUACUUCAAGCAAAAAGGUACCUUUCAGCUUUCCUCCAUCAAAGAGUGAGCUUUGGGAUCCAACCCCAGUGGGAGAUGUCAAGUAUUUGCAUCUCAGUUACUACAGGAAACCGAAGCUUGUGGUGACUGAGAAGGCCCUUCGGCUUGCUUAUCGUCAUGCUAAGCAGAAUGACCCAAAUUUGUCAUGUUUUUUGCUUGGGACUUUGUUAAUAGAUGAAGGUGAGGAAGGUGUAAAGCUGAAAGUAGAUCGCUUUGAUCCUGGUCGAGAAGUACCUGGCUGCCUCAGAAAAGUCCCCACCGCCCCUCUGCCUGGAGACUUUGUGAUUCCAUGUACAGUUAACACGGAGGGCCUUUGCCCCACAGAUGUGAUCAUCCACGAUGCCGAAGACUUUAGUUCCAUCUUCAAGGCUCUGCAGCACCAUUUAUGCGGCAAAGACCCUCUGGACCUCUGCAAGCUGCUCCCCUUGAGAGCAAGAGUCACCUCCAGGGAGCACCUGGACAACCUGCAGUUUGACUUCCACUGGGCAGCCGUGGCUCCUGCCAGUUCCUUUCGAUGUACGCCUGUGAAGCCUCUCCCCAUUAUUCCAACAGCUCUGGCGAGAAACUUGAGCAGUCACAUGAACAUCGCUCAAAUCCAGGGGACCUGUAAGUGGGGGUAUCUUACAAUGGAUGAAACACGCAAGCUGUUGCUGUUGCUUGAAUCAGACCCCAAGGUUUAUUCUCUGCCAUUAGUUGGGAUUUGGCUGUCUGGCGUCACUCACAUCUAUAGCCCCCGGGUAUGGGCGUAUUGCCUGCGCUAUGUGUUCAGUGCUGCAGUUCAGGAAAGGGUUUUUUCCGAGUCUGGAAGUUUUGUCAUCAUUCUCUACUCCGUAACACACAAACAGCCAGAAUUUUAUGAGUGCGUUCUCCAAAGCGGCCAGGGAAGUGACCUCCACUUUCAGCUACUAACCAACAAGGAAACCCUACAUCUUUUCAAAAAUGUUGAGCCUUCACAGAAGAGCUCUCUCCAGUUUGAACUGAGCUCAGAAAACCCAUCUGCAGAAGCAACAUUCUUUAACCAAGUCUCCAGGAAUCAUGCCAUGAAGAGGGCUUCCCAGAAGUUGUCCCCGGGGCAGCAGCUCUCUGUAAGCGACCAUGAUUCUGGCGUGGAAGAUGAAGAUUUGUCCCCAAGACCAGUCCCUAAUCCUCACCCAGUGAGUCAGAAGGUAUCUACCAUCCAUCCUUCAGUUCCUGAGCUCUCUCUGGUUUUGGAUGGUAGCUUUAUAGACUCAAGCCCACCGCCCAGUGAAAGGAAAAUGGCCAAUUGCAAAACCAGCCCUUCAUUGCCGCAGUAUCCAGGACAGAUGAGCUCACAUCCUCAGCAUUGUGACGAGAAACAGAGCCCCAUUCAUGAAGCUGAGGAGCCUCGUUUGGGGCGGCUCCCAAGUCGGGCAGGCCCGGGAGCCCCUUCUUCAAAACCACUCAGAGAAAAGCGGUCGCCUCCCGACAGGCGAGCUGGCCCCCCGACCGGGAGUCUGUCAGGGCCGCUUUGCUCAUCUCCACCGUCUCCCUCAGGGCUCCCCAAACCGUUGUCUCCAGAGGCAUCAGUGCAGAAACCAAAACAGUCCUCUGAAAGCCAUAACACUUCCUCGGAUGGAGACCCGUGGCGAGGGGCCCUUCCUGUGCCAUGCUCCGCACUGGAUUCCAGGCAGGCCUCUCCUUCACCACAGUGGCUCCCCCACGGGUUUGUUCUUUCACCCCAGAAUCUUGGCAGGCCCACUGAACAUCAGGGGCCUGCUCCCCCAGCCCCAUCUUACUGUCCCACUAAUGUUUGCAGCUGCUGUCAACAUCAUGGACAUCUGCAGUGUGGUCGAAUGAACAUUUGGUCAGGGAUACAUAAACACGGGCCCUUUCAGGAAGUCCAGGCUAAUGCUUUUCAGGAUGGUUCCUAUCCAUUUCAUCUGAAUGCCUGUCCAGCUAUAUGCCAUAAUCCAGUAAAUUCUUCAGGCAGCCCUAUGAUCCAGAGACAGCAAGGGAACAUGGGAAAUUGUAGCACUUCAGACUUAUCACCUAUGGGGAGACUUGCCUCCUACUCCAGCAAUCCACAGCUUUGCCCAAUGUGCAUGUCCACACCCAAGAUGCAAGCUGAUGAUGGCAUGAUGGGGUUAUCUCCAGAUGCCUACCGGUUCCUUAAAGAGCAAGACCGACAGUUGAAGUUACUUCAGGCUCAGAUUCAGCGUUUGUUAGAAGCACAGUCUCCUCACCCUGGCCCCAAGGCAGCCAGUUCUGAUGGCACCGUGCAGGCUGAGCAGCAGGUGGAGUUUGUUUCGAUGGAGGCCCAGGCAUCUUCUGGCCUGCACCUGAGGAAAAGUGUGAGCAUCGCUGUGAGCACAGGGGCCAGCUUGUUUUGGGAUGCGCCGGGUGAGAAUCCAGAGCCUUCGGCUUCACUGAGACAGGACGACUCCAAGCUUUCCAGUGGAGACAUCCAUUUGUCCGUGAAUGUCAAUAACGAUGUGACAGAUCGCACAAGUGUUGCGUCUUCAUUAAAAGCGGUUGAUAUUCCAAGUUUUGACGAGAGUAGCCGUGCUGUCGAAGAGGAAAUGACUCCAUCUUCAGCUUUCUCCAGUGUUUCCCCAGAAGUAAGGAAGGAGCCAGAUGUACCAGUGUUUCUUCCAAAUCCCACGUUGGGAGAAGAUGUUAGCGGGAGCUUACCUCCAGGACCCACAGAGGAGGCUGGCAGCCUAUCCUCAGCAGCAGCAGUGGGUGAACCCCAAGCCGAGUCAACCCAAGUGAGGGAGCCCUUGCCGCCUUCUCCGUCGGAUGAUCAGAAGUUUUACCAGGAUUUACUGGGUCAGGUAAACCACCUGUUAAAUACUUCUUCCAAAGACGCCGAGCCCACGUCCACAAAAGUAGCAGCAAUUCCCAGCCAUGGUGGCCCUGGAACCCAGAAUGGGGGUGAUGGAAAAACCAAAAGGCCUGACCCCAGCCGGACGGACAAGGACAGCGUCCUUCAUGCCACCGUUAAACAGCUGAGAAACCUUGGCGUAAAAAUUGACUCUCCAAGUAAAAUGAAGAAAAAUUCACAUAAAGUGGACCAAGCCAGUGUGUUGGCGUGCAUCAGCCCCGAAGCGGUCAUCUCCGGAUUAAACUACAUGUCCUUUACUAACGUCGGCAUGAGCGGUGUGAGCCCCAGUGGUGUGGAUCUGAGCAUGGAGGCCAAUGCCAUUGCUCUCAAGUAUUUAAGUGAGAGUCAGCUGUCGCAGCUUUCCUUCAGCCGAGCAAACCAAAAUCUUCCCGACUCGUCCUUCAGCCUUCUCCAUAUCAACACAGACAAGAACGUGGUGGGGCUCAGUCUGAUCUCACCAAACAUGUCAUUUGCGACCAGAAAAUAUAUGAAGAGGUACGGGCUGAUGCAGAGCAGUGACAGUAGUGAGGAUGAGGAAGAGAUUCCGAAUAAGGCUGACGCCCCCGAGAGUGAGCCUUCGCUGGAUCAAACCUUAGCUUCCAGCCCCGAGCAGUUUAGCUGUCAGAAGGAUGGCCCUGGAAGAGGCUGUGAAAUUCUGGAUUUGAAAUGCUCCAACCCAGAGUUGGUGGGCGCACACCGGCUGCCAAAGCCUGGGGUGCCUGUGUUAAGAGAUGUCACGAAUGGAGCGGCCCCGCCGAGGGCUGCAUCGUCACCCGAGGAUGAGUCCUCGGCCUUCAUCCUGAAAGACCUAAAGAAGAACCCCUCGGUCAAGUUACUGACCGGCCGGGCUGAGUUUACUCAGCAUCCUGAGAAGGAAAAUCAAAGGGACAUUCAGGUAUUUCCUGAAAGUUUGCAGCCUUCCGACACUCUCAGAGAGAUGAAUAGUAUGAAUUCCGUGGGUACGUUCUUAGAUGUCAGGCGUCUCAGGCAGCUGCCCAAAUUAUUCUAGGUAUUUCAGUAGCUGCUAAGCUUUCUUGGAUUAGGGCAGAAGGCUAGGCUGAGGGUUUGGUCCUUGGAGAGAGUGAGGAGGGCCACUGAAUCGGGUAGUUGAGGUCAUUCCAGAACCUUGUCAAAGCCAUCUCUGCAGUGGCCAAGGGCAGAGGGCUAGGGUGGUGGCCUCAGUACCUGGGAAAUGGCCAGCUGUUGGGGACAGAGCACGGGCUCUCAAGGAGGACCCCUCUGCAGUCAGCAGAACGAUGCGUCUUUGCAGCUGGAGGUCUGGAGAGUAAACACUCACCCCCCACCUCGGCCUGACUUGUUCUUUCACCAGAUACGUGGGGAAGGAAAGUCAUUUUAUCCUCCAUCUUGGUAAAGGUUGUUUACUAUCAACUUGCAUUAAAGUUGAUUCGGUCUCAGCUAGCUCCCGUCUCUGCAGGUGCCCUGAGUUACUUUGAAAGCAUCAUGAAAUAAAGGUAUCUCGGCCUUGGAAGGAGGAGCAGGAUUAACUCUUUUAGAGCUGGGGAAUUCGACUUCUCUCUUUUCUUCUGAAAAUAUAUUUUAUUUAAGGCCCUUCUUUCUGUCUUUCCUCUUAAUUGAAAUGCUUGUUUGUUAAACUACUGGGAUCCUGCUUGGUUGAGACUUGUGUGACAUCGUAUCUUCAGUGUGUUGCUCUGACUACUCCAGAGCAACUCAUUUAUGCUGUGUGUGCUUUGUAAACUUGGGAGUGAGUUUUUCAGUGUUUGAAUUUAAUAAAAAUGUGCAGGCUGUCUGU